GAGGAGCGCGAGACACUUCCACCAAAACUCAAAAAUAUAACUCACUUCUCUACUUCUGUCUGUAUACUUCACCCCCACAAGAAUCGCUCUCCGUCCCCUUUCUCUCUCUAUUUUAUUUCUCCACCAUUUUUCUUUGCAAAUUACACCCAAUUCCCAGAAUCCUACAUGCUAGGGUUUGCUUUUCGCUUCCACUGACACAUUGCUCGCUGGUGGUGUAUCGAAGUCAUCAAUUACCUGACUUUCUUGGAAUUGGACAAUGCCACUUCUUAAAAGGAAGCCGUUCUCAUUGCUGGAACCUCCCAAUGAUUUACAGCCUCGUGAGCUUGUCUUUCAAGUUCGGUUCACAAAAGAGAUCUUUCGAGAUUAUCAAGAGUACUUGAAGCGGAUAAAUUUGUAUCGCCAAAGAGUAUGGACAUGUAAAGUAACCGGAAAGUCUAAUUUUACGUAUGAGGAGGCUUUGGUCUCAGAGCAGCGUGCAUCUGAAAAGGUUCAGAAUUUCCCUGAAGAGUUUAUUGGAUCUGUACUGCGAACUAUUCAAUAUAGUAUGCUCCCACUAAGUGAUUUGGUCCGCAGAAUUAAAGAAGAGCUGCAAGAAAACCUGGUUGAGGGUGCGAAACUGCAAGCGAAGAAGGAUGGUUCUGUACAUCCAUGUAAGAUAACUAAAGUUUUAGAUGAGGAGGCAGGCAAAGGUCGUUAUGAGGUGGCAUGGCUUGAUAAUGAUGCUAAAAUAAGUGGAAAUGCUGUGGUAGGUGAAGAGGACUUUGUUCGUAAAAAAUUGCCAUUUGGACGAGAGGUUCUGAAAUCUUAUAUCAGGGAGGCUACGUAUCGAAGUCAUCCUUGGGUAAUUCAAAAUAAUUUGGCAUCUAGGUAUGGAAUUCCAACAGAUCCACCGGAAGAUUUGAAAGAUAAAGUAUCUUUUCUGAAUGGGUGCGUCAUCAAUAACAAAAAGAGAAAGACGAGUAAGGAACCCCAAGAUGGAGGUGUUGGAAAACAUAAAAAGAACAAAGUACAAAUGGAGAAUGGAUCACUCAAUCACAAUGAUCUUGAGAAUGGGGAUGAAACCAUUAAGUAUCCAAUUGAUGACCAGCUGGUGCAGCCUGGUGCUGAUGAUCCAAUUUUCACUGAUCGUCCUUCUCCGUCAAGAGAUUUCACCAUACAAAUGGACUGUGUUGGGGACCUUCUAUUGGUUUGGGAUUUUUGUUCAUCUUUUAGUAGGCUGCUUUACUUGUGGCCAUUCUCUUUUGAAGAUUUUGAGAAGUCAAUAUGCCACAAAGACAGCAAUCUUGCUCUUAUUGUGGAAACCCAUGCAAGUCUUCUACGCUUGCUUAUAAAUGACGAGGGAGAAUAUUACACAGUGAUCCAGCGUAAGAAGCGUAAAUCAAAGAUUACUCUCAUUACGUGGACAGAAUAUUUGUGUGAUUUUCUUGAAAUGAUUGCCAUCUCUGAAUUAACAACACAUAUACCAACCAUAAAGCGUGGUCAUUAUGGUCUACUAGAGCCUCUUGUCAAAUUGACGAUCUUGAAGGAAUUGGUUGACCAAGCCAUUGCCACAGAUCAAGUGAGGGGGAAGAUAGAUGAGCGGCUUGAAGAACGACAGACACUUGCUGCUUCAAAAAGAGGAGAAGCAUUAGAAGAAGGUAAAAAGAAGAGAGAGGCUAAAGAACGUCUGAAGGCUGUCUCUGAAACCAAUGGCAUCGUACUGGAGCAUAAUCCAGGUGCUGUUGAAGACGCGCCCUGUGUAGCAGGAAACAAUGGUUCUGGUUUAGAAAAUGGAAAUAUCACUAAAAAAUUGUCCCCCGAUAAGAAAAAUCUGUCUCAGAAUGGUGAAAGUGACCCUGAAAACAGUGGACUGAAGGAAAAAACGAAGAAGCUAUUGGAGGAUCUGGAGAGGAGCAAAGACGAAAGGAAAGAUUUUCUUGAGAAGGAAAUGGAGAAACGAGUUAUUCGCACCAACUCCUUGGGUAAAGAUAGAGAUUAUAAUAGAUAUUGGUUUUUCCGCCGUGAUGGGCGAGUAUUUGUUGAGAGUUCUGACUCAAAGCAGUGGGGCUACUAUUGUAGUAAAGAAGAGCUUGAUGCAUUGAUGGGUUCCUUGAAUCUGAAGGGGGAGAGGGAGAGGGCUCUCAAAAAGCAGCUUGACAAGUAUUAUCCUAAGAUAAGCAAAGAAUUGCUGAAGAAAUCCAAGGACAUUGCCCGGGAAAGUGCAAGUGAAGAUGCAAUUGUUAGAAGGUCCACUCGGGUGCGAGCUCCUCCAAAGGAUAAUCCUAGUUUGGCUUUCCUCAAGUAUUCCAACAAGUGGAAAGUUUUGAUGGGUUAGAGCUGAGGGUGAUCGAGCUAAACCCUCCUUACCUAACCUAAUUGAAUAGAAGAGAUCACCGAGUGCUGUUUUUUGGGGUUUUUUUUGCACUGUUAUGGAGAUCUUAUGUAAAACUGUUGAUGGCGGAUUAAGGUGCUUGGUAGUUAAUUUCAUUGGAGGAAAUAUAUUCGAGUUAGAGCUUAGUCGUUUGACUUAGAGACCUCCCUAUUUUUUGAAGUCCUGUAAGGGCGGGUUCCGUGGGCAUGAGCAGCAGCAUCAGUUUUGUAAAUGACUACGCCAAUUAUUCUUAAUGGUAAAAUGCAUUUGGCACUUUAGUACAUGCCAAAAUGUUCAUAGCUA